AAGCUGCAGAUGGAAGUAAGUGAGCUGCAGUCCAAAAAGAGCACAAGAUACCUUCAUCUGUUCCGAUAUGCCGAAUUCAAGCAGCUCCACAUCUUCCACGAAGAGCGUCCGGAGAGCUGCGUCUGAGCUCGAGCGCUCCGAUUCCAUCACGUCUCAGAAGUUUGUGGGAAGGCGGCAGAGUUUGAUCGAGGAUGCGCGCAAGGAGCGCGAGGCGGCGGCCGCGGCGGCGGAGGCUGCGGGACUCAGCGAGCAGAUCGUGUUUGAGGAGAGCGGUGGAAAAGCCUUGCUCAGUCUCUUCUUCUCUCUGAGGAGUUCAAAGAGUCCGGCGCUGUCCCGCACUCUGAAGGUUUUUGAGACAUUUGAAGCCAAGAUCCAUCAUCUUGAGACCAGACCGAGCCGAAAACCGAAGGACGGUCUGGAGGAUCUGGAGUAUUACGUUCAGUGUGAGGUGCACCUGUCAGACGUGAGCACACUGGUCAGCUCUCUCAAGAGGAGCGCAGAGGACGUCAAAACCACUAAAGAGGUCAAAUUUCACUGGUUUCCAAGAAAAAUCGCUGAACUGAAUAAAUGCCAUCAUCUCAUCACCAAAUUUGAUCCGGAUCUGGAUCAGGAUCAUCCAGGAUUCACUGACCCCGUUUACAGAAAACGGCGGAAGAUGAUUGGAGACAUUGCCUUCAAAUACAAACACGGAGAACCGAUUCCCAGAGUGGAGUACACGGAAGAGGAAAUCGAAACAUGGCGUGAGGUCUACUCCACCCUCAGGGAUCUGUACACCACCCACGCCUGCAGUGAACAUCUAGAGGCUUUCUGCUUACUGGAGAAACACUGCGGCUACAGUCCUGAUAACAUCCCUCAGCUGGAGGAUGUGUCCCGCUUCUUAAAAGAGCAGACAGGGUUUCAGCUGCGUCCGGUGGCAGGUCUACUCUCUGCUCGGGAUUUUCUGGCCAGCCUGGCGUUCCGUGUGUUCCAGUGCACACAAUACAUACGGCACGCUUCCUCCCCCAUGCACUCGCCUGAACCGGAUUGUGUCCAUGAGCUUCUCGGACAUGUACCUAUAUUAGCUGACAGAACAUUUGCACAGUUUUCUCAGAGUAUUGGUCUGGCCUCUCUUGGAGCUUCUGAUGAAGAUAUUGAGAAACUGUCAACACUGUACUGGUUCACAGUGGAGUUUGGACUGUGUAAGCAGGCAGGGACGGUCAAAGCAUAUGGAGCAGGACUGCUCUCGUCUUAUGGCGAGCUGGUGCAUUCUCUCUCAGAUGAGCCAGAGCGACGGGAAUUUGACCCGGACACUGUAGCUGUUCAGCCGUACCAGGAUCAGAGUUACCAGCCCGUCUAUUUCGUGUCUGAAAGCUUCUCAGAUGCUACAGAGAAACUGAGAACAUAUGUGACCCGCAUCAAGAGACCAUUUUCUGUGCGGUUUCACCCGUACACAGACAGCAUAGAAGUGCUGGAUAACCCUCUGAAGAUCCAGCAGGGGCUGGAGACCAUUAAAGAUGAACUGAAGAUUCUCACUGAUGCCCUGAAUGUGCUGGCUUGAUUCUGUGGCGAGGAGCCAAUCAGUUGUCCUGCUUCUCUCUGCUUCAUGUGUGACAGUCUCAUCGUUAUGCUGUGCGUUCAUGUCUACAUCUGCUGCUACAGACAUUGUUGCUUUUAAAACGCUGAGAACCAACCUCAAAACCUCACGUCGGUAGUUGAUUCCAGAAACCUUAAAGGGAUAAUUCACCCAAAAAUGAAUAUUCUCUCAUUAUUUAUUUACCCCCACAUGUUGCUUCAAAGCUGUAUGACUUUCUGUGGAACAUGAAAGAAGAUAUUUUGAAGAAUUCUGGUAACUAAAGAAUUCUGGUUCCUGUUGACUUCCAUUGUUUUUUUUGUCUUUUUUCGUCCAUAUAAUGGAAGUCAAUGGUAACCAAGACUGCUUGGUUACCAACAUUCUUUAGAAUAUGUUCUUUCAAGUUCCCAUCGACUUGCAUUGUAUAGACAAAAAAACAUCAUGAAAGUCAAUGAGAGCCGAAACUGUUUAAUUACCAACAUUCCUCAAAAUAUGUUCUUGGUAGAUAUAUUAUAUGUUGGUAACCAAACAGUUCUUGUUGACCCAUUGGCAUUGUACAGACAAAAAAACAUAAAGUCAAUGGAAGCUAAAACUGUUUAGUUGCCAACAUUCUUCAAAAUAUUUUCUUGGUAGAUAUUUUAAAUGUUGGUAACCAAACAAUUCUGGUUCACAUGUAUUGACUUACAUUAUAUGGACAAAAAUAUAAUUGAAGUCAAUGGAAACCGAACGGUUUAGUUACCAACAUUCUUCAAAAUAUCUACCUUAAAUGUUGGUAACCAAACAUAUGGAUAAAUAAAUAAAUAAAUAAAUAAAUACAAUGGAAGUCAAUGGGAACCAAAAUUGUUUAGUUGCCAGCAUUCUUCAAACUGUCUUUUGGGCAGAUUUUUUUAUUUAAAUUUUUUUUUUUUUUAAAUAUAAGUUACCAAAUGCCUUUGGUUGGACAAAAAAUUAUAUAUAUAUUUAAUUGACCUCCAUUUAAUUAUAUGUAUAUAUAUAUAUAUAUACAUAUAAUUAAAUGGAGGUCAAUGGAAACUGAAACUUUUUGGUUACCAAAGUUCUUUACAAUAUCUUCUUUCAUUUUCAUUUUUACAUGAACUAUCGCUUGGCUGGAUUAAUGGUCACUCUGUGAAUAAACAGAAUUAUGUGUCAAUAUGACAUAUUAUUAUUCUUAUUAGAUAGAUCUUACCCAGUGUAAAUCAAGUUAUUAAAGCUACUGAAGCCAAAAGUUAUUUAUGGAAUACCACUAGAUGAAUACCACUACACUAAAAUAAAUAAAAAAAUGUACAGUAUAUAAUCAAAUAUGUAUUAUCAAUAAAAAUUCCGAAUGUAUUAAUAUUCCAAAUAUAUUCUUAAAAUAGUCCAUUAAUUCACAGAGCUGAUGUUUUAUGUUACAGAUGGUAAAAAUACUUUAAUACUGAAUACACUGAGUCCUUCAUGAAAUAACACAGGCCUACAGACCAUUGCCUGUUCAUAUUUAUCUAUCUCCAGAAAAUUAAAUAUGAAUGUUAGUCUAUCUCUGCAAACAAUGGCUCAAAAAUGGAAAUGGCAUUUUUAUUAUUUAAGCGUAAAUAAGAAGAAAGAAAACUGUGUGCAAAGUGGCUAUGAUGUGCUAAUAUAAAGAAAUAUGUUUGAAAAUAUCCCAAACUAUACUUGUGGUGGACUUUCUGAUGUUAUGUUCAGUCGCCCCUUCCUUUAACAGAAAAAGCAAGUCUGAGAAUGUUGCUUUCAGAAAACUAGAUAGCUAUUCCAAAUGAACUCAUCUGACUGAAACUACAAACGGUUUAUUUAAAAAAAAACAGUCACCACCAGAUGGUAGUCUAAGCAUGUAUGUAGGUGAGGCGUUCAGCACCAGCACUUUUUGGGUGAGCGGACAGGACAGUAUAAUGACUAGGGCUUUUGUGAGGGUCAUGUCAUGAGGUUAGGAAUGGGAUAAGGAUUCAGAUUUUGGAUCUAG